UAUGUAUCUUCAUCACUCUCUUUCCAUUUCAUCCUUCUCAGAUUGCCUUUUCUUCUUCUUUCUACUUCCUCUCUCUCUUAUAAUUACCAUACAUUCUUUAACAUAUAUGCUCACCAUAAUAUACAUAUAGAAUAGCAAAUAAGCAAGCACAUCUUACCACAACUUCAAUUAUGGCAGACAGAGUGUUCCCAUCUAAACCUCCCGCCGCCACCGCCACCAACGGCACUGCCGCCGCUACUACCACCGGCGCCAAUCCGGCUUUUCCGGCGACAAAAGCGCAACAGUUCACCGCCACGCGCCCAGCCUACCGUCCCACGCCGUACCACAACCGUCGCCGCCGCAGCUUCUGUUGCAGAUGCUGCCUCUGGACGACUCUACUGCUCGUCAUUUUAAUCACACUUGCCGCUAUUUUCGGCGCCAUCGUCUACGUCAUCUACCGGCCCCACCGCCCCUCAUUCUCCGUCUCGUCUCUCCACCUCUCUCAGUUCAAUCUCUCUUCAUCUUCUCACCUCACGGCCAAAUACAACCUCACGAUCAAAGCGCGUAACCCUAACAAAAAAAUUACUUUCUUCUACAACCCGAUCCAGGUCAAGAUCAGCUCUAACGGCGUCAACGUCGGCGCCGGCACGAUUCCGGCGUUCAAUCAGGGGAAGAAGAACACGACCACGCUCAAGUCAACUGUGUCUGCUACUAGUCAAAGCGUGGAUGCCGAUUCUCUGAAUUUGAAGAGUAAGAAGAGCGUGUUACUCAAGAUACAGAUGGAUACGAAGCUGAGAGUGAAGAUUUUUGGAACGAAGACGAAGAAGAUCAGAAUUAGAGUGAAAUGUGACGCAAUUCGAGCUAAUUUGCCGACCGGAAAGACGGCGACGGUUGCGAACACGGCGAAUAUGAAGUGCAAGGUGGAUCUGCGGUUCAAGAUCUGGAAAAUUACGAUAUGAAAAAGGAGAAUUGAAGGUGUGAUACUAUUGUUUCUUUUCUUUUUUUCCUUAAUUUCGUGGAUCUUAUAUAUACACUUUCGAAUGUAAUUUUGAUAUAUGUUACUAUAUGGAUUCAUUUUUUUAGUGAUUUAUGUAUAAUACGAGAUGGCUUGCAUUGUAUGCUA